UAACAAUGUGAAAUCUCGGUUGAUUGAAUCAGACGGAUGUAAAUGGAAGAAGAGUGACACCGUGACGAGCACUAAUAUCUUCUUCUCCUCCUCCGUUUAGAUCCACACGGAGAUGGUUACAGGGACGCUCUGGAUCCUGAGAUUCCUUGUCAUCAUCACUCUCGUCCUUAUUACCCCCUUCAGAGUUAACUCCCAAUGCGAGUUCAGAUUCAAACGACGCAACAAGGUCUUCGAUUUCAAUUUAGCAUCUUCCGUUAAGAAUUUCCCUCACGGUGCUCUCAGCGAAGAUGGGUUUUAUAGAGUGGAAGCGAACAGUACCGUGCUAUGGUUUCAGCUUUGUGACUUGCUUAUAUUCAAUCACGACCCUCCUCGGUGUGUUGGUUGCCAAGAUUGCGGAGGUCCAUCGCACUGCGGAACAUCGUGUAGUGCACUCUUGUCAGAAAAUGUAAGAGGAUAUGAUGUAUGCAGUUCCCUUGGGCAUCCCUCAAGCUCAAAAGUUGAUAUUAUUGAUAAAGAAGAUCCUGGCAAAGGCGUCAUUGUCAAGAUGUUAGGUGCAAGUAGUAACCUAAAUUGCUCGCUUUCAGUUUCUGUUAUCUGCCAGAAAAAUAAAGUCGAUGGACCACUCACUCUAACGAAAUCUGGUGACUGUGAUUAUGCUACUGAGAUGCGACAUCCUUCCGGUUGUGCAGUAGCUAUAUCCGGCCAUGGUAGUGGAUGGGGCUUGUUUAGUACCUUACUAAUCAUUAUCUUAUGUUUAUUUGGAGCUUAUCUGCUGGGUGGUGGAUUGUAUCGGUAUUUCUCCCUUGGAAUUCGUGGAAUAGAAGUAAUCCCAAAUUCUGAUUUCUGGGUCACUGUACCUGACAGAAUACAGAGCUGUUUUGGUUCACUAUUUCAGAGAUUCAGUGGUUCAAGUCAUGGCCAACAAGCUUCCUAUUCACGGGUCAACUAGCAGUCACCGACUCCUCAUUGACACAAAUCUUCGAAGUUGUUGCAUUGAUCUCUUAAAGAAACAGAAGAAUCUUGUUCAUUUGUUAACUGAAUCAAAUGAGUUUCUUUUUUUUUUUUCUUUGAUUUGCUAACUGAUCAAAUGAUCACCUUUCCUACGUUAUUUGUUGAAAACCGGUCCAAACCAAAACCAACUGAGGACAAUAAAUUAAAGCCAUUCAAGA